AACGAACCGUUACAUCGUUUCUAAUUGAUACAUUACGCGCGUUUUUGUGUUUUUGUUUGUUCUUCUUCUAUUUGCAUUUUUCACAGUAUUAUUAAAACAAAACGGUUCGUUUUGGUUUCACUCGAUUCACGUUUUGACAUGAAACCCUAGUAUUUUUCUUCCCUCAACUGUCACAAUUUGUGACUGAAAAACGCGAUAGUUUCAAAUUGAAGACGGCAAUACUUUUUUCGUGGUGAAUUUCGAUGGAAUUUGAAGAAGCGCAUGAAAAUCUAUGUGCUAUCAGACUCUUAUAUAGACUUCUUGAGGAUAACAGUACCGCUUUGAAAGAUUCGAAUUCCGAGAAUGUGGUUGAGAGAGCUCGAGUAUUGUUGAAAAGUUUACUUGAUGUUGCUGUUGAAGUUGUUUUUGAGACUCAUUUGAAGACCACAGCAACAAAAGCAGGAAACUCUAAGACAUCGAUUGAACAAGAAAAACUUGUGACCGUGCCGCAGUCAAAGUCUGCAGUGGCAAAUAACAAUUCUCAAACCUCGGAAAACAAUCAAACUCGAAGUAAAACGGCUUUACAGAAGGAUGAGCAACCUCAACUUGAAUUACUAUGUAACAAAGAACAGUCAAAGCUGUCAAACUUUAGCAUCUCUGAUACUGGAGGAACGGAAAGUAGAACACUAAGGAGUUUAGGUGAGGAGAAUGGUAUGAUGCAGCAUAAUUUAGUGAAGGAACAAAAUCAGUCUAAUGAAGAUGCUUUACCAAACAGAGAGAGAAAUCAUCAUGAACAACAACAUAAUAAUGUGAAUGCUUUAUAUGGUCAUGGUAAGCAUGCAGAAGAAUCAUUGCGAAUGUUAGACACAAAAGUUGGUGAGUCCAAUAACGACAAUAAUAUGCCGUUGCAGAGUGCUUCCAGAUUUUCUGAAUGUCUAAAACAGAAGGGAGAUUUCUCAGAUGAUUUGGUUAAUGCAAUAAAAAGAAUUGAAUCUCGCAUUUUGGCUUUUAAACUUUGCUCGAAUUUGGUGGAAUCCAGUAAGAGCAACAGUGCAGUUCGCGAUCCUUUGCACAAAGUAGCUAAUUUGGAAAGUCCCAAAAUACAAAGAAAAGUCAGUGCUGCAAGAAGACACUUUAAUUGUAAAAAGUCUCUCUUGGAAGGACAUAGGCUAAUGGAUCAACACACUCGUGAUUCAAGUUCUAAAGGUGAAAACUUGAUUUCAGAAAGUGCAGCCGAGGAACCCUUUUUAGAUCGAAAUGAAUCAUCGAGUCAGAGUCAGGUGGCUUAUCAGAAUUGUUGGCUCCGUACAGUUAAUGCAGAGUCUGCCAAGAGUGUUAACAUACCAAAGCAUAUUACUACACAGUUAGUAUCAGGUGAAGAAGAAUUGAGAAGUGGAACUAGGAUUCAACCUUCAGUACAAAACAUGGACAUGAUAGAAAGAGUCAAGUCAUUGAAUAGGUUAGUUAGUGGUGAUGCCCACCUUGGAAAUCAAGCUAGUGAGUGUAUUCAAGGUUUGAGGGUUCCUUUGAAUCAAGCUGGUCUUACUAAGAAGUCUUCCAUGUUUUCUAGUCAAACCAAUAGGGAAAGUUUGGUCAGAAAAUCUCCAAUAGCAGGUUGGUCUAAGCCUGAUCUGAAUCAUAAGGAAAGGAAUUCUGAAUCUUCUCAUGCACAGAAUUUACAAAGAUUUACACCUACUGUUGCCCGAAGAGAAAAGCCACUGCCUCAUCAGAUGGUAAUAAAACCAACUCUAUUGGACCAGAGAUCCAAUGAGAUUAAGGUGAAUUCCCAUCAACAUAGAGAUGAAUCAGUUUUAUACAGGAGAGGAACUCAUAAGACAGGUAAUGUUGAGCCUUGUAAAACUAGGUUUGAAACCCAACUUCGUGAACCAGAGGAAUCAAUCUCAAACUCUGAAUCUUCUUCUCGAUGGACUUCUCAGCAAGACAGUGCCAAUACUAGUAGUGAAUCUGAGGACUCCUUCUUGUCAGUUGGUACACAAGGUUCCAAAUCAGGAAGGAUGGUUGAUGCAUUAUAUGAAGGAAGCUCAAAAGAGAGUAGUGAUUCAAAUUUCAAUAUAAACAAUGCCCCUUCACAUAGAGUUGGAAGUUUUAAAUCUUAUGGAUAUCACAGUGAAAGAAAUCCAAAGAAAACAAUUCGAGGCCUAAAGAGGCUGAAAAAUAAGUUGGGACUAAUCUUUCACCACCAUCAUCAUCACCAUCACCAUCAUGAUGGUGACAAUGGUAGCCUUCAUUCUUAUGAAGGUCCUAGACAUUCAAUGUGGAAUCACUUGCAGAAUGUUUUCCAUCACAAAAACAAGUCUGGAAUGAUAACAAAUCAAAAAGUUGAGAAGACAAGGAGAGGGGCUACUACAAAAGUUGUGCCACACAGAAACCAGAUUGGCCAUUUUCAUAGACUUGUGGAAGGACUAUUGAGACACGUCCAGCAUUCAAAGAAGCCAAAGCCUUCCAGGCAUGGUUUGGUUAAAGGGUCUCAUGAUAAUGCACAUGGACAUGGGCAAAAGAACCUUCAUUGGUGGCAAACCCUUCGACGAAGCCGAGGGGUGAAGUUGAAAAAGAAAGGCCGAGUUAAAAAAAUGGGCUUUAUAAGCCAAAAAUCACUUACGAACUAAGUCUGAAUUUGGGUGCACAUUUGCGUUUCUGGUCUUGCAAGUAUUGCCUUCUAGCUUGUGGCAUUACAGUUCUUUCAAUAUAGGUUCUAUCAACUUUUUUCAUCAGUGUAUAGGUUGGUAUAGAAGACAAUUUUACAGCUGGAAUGAAAAAUUCUUCCUCUACUUCUUUCAACCACGGUUGGACAUAUGAUGUGUUUGUGAGUUUCUACGGCGAUGACACUCUUUACGGUUUCACAGGCAACCUUUAUAAUAUAUUGGGCCGAAAGGGGAUCAACACUUUCAAAGAUGACAUCAAACUGAAGAAAGGAGAAGGAUUGCCAUAAUUGUUUUCUCAUAAAAUUAUGCAUCCUCAACUUGGUGUCUUGAUGAACUUGUGAAGAUCAUGGAGUGAAAGAAAGAAAAAGGACAAUUAGUUGGUCUAGUUUUCUACCAUGUUGACCCUCAUUUAAAAGAAAAUGCAAAUAGGUUGAAACAUAAGAGGUACAUUUCAUGAUAUGAAUGAAUGUAUCUUGAUCUCGAGAGUUGCUAGAACCCACAAUUAAGGUUUAAGGUUUAGUUUGGAGUGAUAGAAUCAAUUGGAAUGGAAUGGAGGAAUAUUCCAUUGUUUGAGUCAUCUAAAAUAGAUUGGAGUAGAACGGAAUAGAGUGGUACGGAGUCCGUUAUAUUCUAUCACUUGCUACCAUAUUUUUUUUCUUUAAUUUCAGUUGAAUAAAAUUUUUGUCUUACAUGAAAUGUU